AGUAGUCAAUAUCUGUCAGUUGAGCUCUGCCGUGCAUUACCGCACAUUGACCAGCAGGGGCGCUCGUUUACUGACGGGCUUGGACAGGAAGCGCAAAGGAUUGUGGGACUUUUAGUUCCGAAUGGAUGACGGUUGGCUUGAUAACACUGCGAAGAACAAACGAAGAAAUUUACCGCCGAAAAUAAAAUAGUAGCCUCAGGUUCAGCAUAUUUUCAAGCUCUGUGUGCUUCGAGUCCGGAUAUUUUCGGGUGGAUUCAGUCGUCGUAUGAAGAAUAGCGGGCUCACUUUUGGUGAAAAAUAAACAGGAAGUUGUUAGCGUUGUGGGACGUGUAGUUCCGCUUGCAGGCCACUGAGCUUUUUAACAACGCAUAGAAAAAAGAAACAACAAUAAAAUAAGCUAAACUUCACCCGAAGACCGCGCUUUUAGCCUCGGCGUUGAAGCAAACAUGCCCGGGUUCACCUGCUGUGUCCCUGGCUGCUACAACAACUCGCACCGGGACCGGGACCUGCGCUUCUACACAUUUCCCAAAGACACCACGCUGAGGGAGCUGUGGCUGAGGAACAUCUCCCGGGCCGGGGUCAGCGGCUGCUUCAGCACCUUCCAGCCCACCACAGGACACCGAGUCUGCAGCGUGCAUUUCGCGGGAGGAAGGAAGACCUACACCAUCAGAGUACCGUCCCUCUUCCCCUUGCGGGGGGUGAAUGAGCGCAGGAGUCGGCGGGGCAGAGGCAGGAAGGUGUCUGCGGCGGUUCCUGCCACCGCCGCUGCAGCCACCUCUGGGAUCGUCCUCGCCAGCGUACUGGGCAGCACGGCGGAGGGAGCCGAGGGCACUGCUGGAGGUGAAGCAAGCGACGACACCAUCACCGUGGUUCAGAUAGGCCAGAACGGGGAGUACCUGGGCACGGCGCGGCUGCCCGCCCAGUCAGAGGGGACUUGUUACACCGCACCGAUCAGCAACCCUGACGAGCUGAUCGGCGACGACUCAUCGGUCGAAACCGGGUCCACGGUACACCAGCCGGGCCUGCAGUAUGUCAGUGUGACCAGCAGCCCACUGGACCACUCGUACUCCCUGACCACCGGCACCACGUCCGCCGAGCUGCUGCGGAAACUGAACGAGCAGCGGGACAUCAUCGCACUGAUGGAGGUGAAGAUGAAGGAGAUGAAGGCGACCAUCCGCCAGCUCCGGGUGGCCGAGGCCAAGCUGCAGGAGGAGGUGCGGGAGCGGGACCGCCUGCUGUACGGGAACUCUGUGGCUUUCAGCGUCCGGAAGAAAAUCUGAUGGGUGAACAUCACCGGAGAUGACCCGUGUCAGAGACUCAGACUAAUGGAGGUGUUUGAAGACAGCUGACCCAGCUCUAUUUUGUAUGAAACUGCGAGCGAUGACAAUUUAUUUUCAACAAGUAGAACCGAUUUUUCGUAGGCCUGAUGUAAGAAAAGUUGGCUGGCUAGUUAUGUAGCUUGUAUUAAUAAUCUCAUUGAUGAUGACAGUAUGUAGAAAACCCCACAGUUGGCCUGCAGUCCAACCAAGGUCAAUAACACACGUUAUUCAUUCAACCAUGGCUCAUAGUUUGCACAGACUUACCAAGUAGACAGGCUCACACAUUGAUAAAGACUGAUGGGAGGACAGAUGAGGAAGAUGCUCAUAACUGCCUAGUUACAUAGAGUUUUUCUAUUAAAAACUUCUCUUACUGUGUUUUUAUUUUGUUGCCUAUGAAUUCAAAUUAGGUGGUUGUUCAGAAACAUCUCAUGAUAGAUUUGCAGUACUAAGUUGAAAUAUUCAUAGGAUUUUUUUUGUGAACAGAACACUAUUCUUGGCACUGGUAAAGUGUUGCUCAGUUGAUACAUUAAAACUAUCAGGACUCAGUCUGAGUUGCCGUAAAAGGAACCUUCAGUUGUUUUCCUUUAUUUUUUUCACCGAGGACAUUUGUGCAAAGAAAAUGGACUUAAAGGAACUCAUCAAAACUUGAAGGGGCAGUCAAAUUAUGCUCUUAUUAAAGAAUGUUUCUUGAAGACAUGCAUUAAGUUACAUUUGUUGAACCUUUUUUAAGGGAAUCUUAAGAGAAUAUGAAAAACAUUUUGUCAAAAACAUUAUGUAACUUGAACAUGUCAGAUGCUUGUUUCAGUGUGAUUUUGUUUCUUCAUGCAGAGAUUUAGUGGCUGUGUCUCUCUGUCCUGUUCAUGAGUGUUUUGUGCUGCAGGAUGUUACACACAUUUCUGAUUCUUGAACUUGAUGCGACAGCUCUGCUCUGCUCUCAUUUCAAAGUAAAUUUCAUUUUAAAAUAGUGCUGCUUCACUUAUCAAGUCAUGAAAUGUGUCCUGUUUUUGUCCACUAUCACAAAGUAGAGAUAGUCUGUUGGGUGUUUUUUUUUGAAGAAAAGAAAAAGAAAAAAAAAUACUGGGCCGCACCCGUCAUCUGUCAGGAGCACUUGUUUGACGAGAAGAGAUUAAAACCAGUGACCAGAAGCUCUGUUAUCAAGUAGGACUAUUUUUUUUGUGGAAAAGGUAUAACACUUGUAUCAUAUUAAAUCCACAAUCGUAAGCUUUGUGGUCAGAGUGAAACAUUAACUCAAACAUGAAAUCUGAACACUGCUGCCCUGUUUUAUACACCUGUUGAAUGAGAUGGUGUUUAAAGCUUCACUCAGCGGUCACUAUGUCAGUGUUAGCAUCCUGAACAAAGUGUUGCCUUCUUAAGAUAAAUAUUGGAUGCUUGUGAACCAUCAUGUUAACUCUUCUGAUUCGUUAUUGGAAAUAUUCUCCCAGAACCCAUGAGGCCCUUAUGUUCCUGUUCAGAUUUCAGUGGGGUUGUUUUAAUGAUUAAUUCAUGCUGUUAUUAAUAUGUGUGGUUUAUUAAUAAAUAGUUUCAGUCGAGGCCUUAAAUGGUCUAAAACUAAUGAAAAGUGGCCAUUAAAAGAUGAAAUAGUAUCUUUAAUACUUAUUUGUGUCAUCAGCAAAUCAGAGAAACCAUUUCCAGCAAGUGAUUCGCUAUUUUUACUUCAUUAAUCACAUUAGUUGAUUAGAAUGAAUGAAUUCUUUCUCUGGGUAUUGACUAGUCAUCUCAGCACCAUAGUUUCAGCGAGCGUACAAAUACAGUGUAUGAUAAAUUAUUGGUUUAUGGACUCUUUAGACUUUUCACAGGUUGAUUCCAGUAUCAAAAUGUUCUUGUCAGCGCAGAUGUUGCAGCCUUAUCUCCUCCCUCUAGGUGGCGGUGGAAUAAAAGAUUGAAGACCUCCUGUC